CUGAAGAAGAGUGCGAGAUCAAUACAAUGCAUUUCUGUAGAUCUUAUUAUUGGGAUGCGAUUUGUCCCAAGAGAUGAUGAACUUCUUGUUCACUUAUAUAAUAAGGUUACAUGCAUGUUAAAAAUUCCACAACAAUUCAACGUUAUCAUCGAUGCAAAAGUUUACGAUACUGAGCCUUGGAAACUUAGAAGGGAUACUUCGUAUAAGCUGGAGAAUGAAGUAUAUUAUUUUUCAGUGGCGAAACGUAAAAGUCGACAAGAAAGAAAUAAUAUAUUAGAAAGAACCGCUGGCAAUGGUUAUUGGCAUAUGAAUGGUCAAAAUAUUCCUAUAAAAUAUAAUGGUGAAGUUUUUGGUCAUAAGACUGCUUUGAAGUAUUAUCACUAUGAUAAAAAUAAAAAGAAAGUGCAAACCAAAUGGCUCAUGAAUGAAUACAGACUGAAGGCGCUGUCAGAUGACUUUCAGAAGGCUACAGAGUUGGUGCUGUGCCGUAUUCAGAGGACAAGGACAGGGGGUGACGUAGAAGAAGAAUUUGCUUAUAAUUAUAAAAAUCAAUCAUCUGAUUUUUAUAACAUUGCUGAUCAUCAAAGCAACAUUGCCCGAUCAAGUUCAAGAUCCAGUUAAUUAUGAUGAUUGGGAGAGGCCAAGAUCAAAGAGGUUGAAGAGGGACAACAUUAAUAAUGGCACUCAAUAUGGCAGCACAAAUUAUCAGCAACAAGAAGAUUAUCAACAACAAUGGCUUGACACUAGAAGGGAGAACUCCACUGUUGCACCACCGUGCUCUGAUAUGCAACAUGCUUCUGAAGCAGGGAAUGAGAAAGGCAAUGCAUUUGGUGAUGAUUGGAUGGCAAUGAUAGAAGUACCAUCACCCAAUGUUUUGCUUCCUUUCCCUGAUGAUGUGUUUAAGCUUGAAGACUACAUGAUGAAUGCUUCCCUGAAUACAGCAGCAGCAGCAACAACCACAACAACAUGACGUUGAGAUGAUGAGCAGCAGCAGUGUUCCUCAUGAUGAUAAUUAGUAUGACGAAGUUGAUGAAUGGUUGAAAAACACAAAUAUUUAGAUACAUGGUACUGAUGUAUAAUUUCAAGGGUUUUCCGCAUAUGUUAUUAUGUCCCUUGUAAGAAAGACUGAUUAUUGAAGUGUGAUAUAA